AUGUUCUUCUUCGUCUCCUUCAUUGCCACCCUCGCCCUCGCCGUCCAGGCCAUCCCUGUCGCGCCUGUGGCUCGCGCUGCCCUCGACGUCUGGGUCCCGCAUAUCCUGACCCCCAACGCGGAGACCGUCUGGACCAUCGGCGAGCCGGCCAACGUUACCUGGGACACCUCUGACGCGCCUGAGCAAAUCAGCAACGGCGCUGCCGUUCAGCUGAGGAAGGGCACCCCGAUCGGUUGGCUCGCGCAGGACUUCGACUUGCGCGCCGGCUAUGUCGAGGUGACCGUCCCCGAGGACCUUGAGCCCGGCAACGACUACAGCAUCACUCUCUUCGGCGACUCUGGCAACAUCAGCGAGGAAUUCACGAUUAAGGCGGCCUAA